UUUUUUUCGCGUGCAGGGCAGAAUUCUAUCUAGAUACGAGAGAUUAAUCCGAUCGGCUUCAGCUAACGUCAACUUAGCGAAUUCAAACAUGAGCAUAAAGUAUAAUGUACGAAUAUACCUAUAUAUAAUGUACCUCCUCGUUGCAGAGAGUCGUAUAGUCAGCAAUUAUACUUUGGGUUCAGAUCUUCAGGCCAGGCUACGUGAUCAACUCCUGCUAUACCGCUGUGUUGCACAAAACUACAUUAUGUGAACCCAAAAAUACAGAUCAAAUAGGUAUACGCGUAUAUUCGGUAUACCCUACUUUCGCAUCAGUACUCGGAUCGUACCUAUAUACCCUACAUGAAGUGGAACAUUGUCCUCGACUACUUUAAUAUUGUGCUCAGAUCGGCUCAAUUGAAUCGUCAUGUGGUUAGUGAUAAUUUACCGGUAUUGCAGUCGACAGCCCGCAGGGUUCAAACGAAAAUUCAAAUUGGCAUUAUAAUCUGCUCCGCAAGUUCCGUGAUGAGUAUAUGUAUUCCGCAGAUCUAAAAAUGAAAUCCUAUUUUUUGAAUCGCUUGAUUUUUUUUUCAGACAAUUCUGAACGCGAAUGGAUCAAGAAGAGGUGACAGCGAUCGCGUGGAUUUGAACACUUUCUGAACGAGGAACCUCCGCAGCUGCGUUCUUGGUAUAGAAAUCUGUUGUUGCAGGUGACGCUUAAUUCCCAUUAGCGAAAUGAGAAGAACGAAGAAGUCCUUCUCGACGACCGGCUGCGUUACACCGUCGGAGGAUGUGAAGUCCGAACUUUGGAACCCUCCCCUAACUAUUACGUUAUAUUAUGUUACGUACAUCUGCCUGGGUACACGAUCCUACUUGAAUUUCUACACUGUACAGCCCGGGUGUACUUGUAGCGCUCGGGAUUACCGCCCGUCCUGGGCGCAGUUUGGGAGACUUGGACGAGCUGCUGGGGCCCAGGGGCACGCGGAACUCACCAAGCACCGGGUAGUCCCAAGCCGACCGUCCCGAUCGUCGGCUCGUCGUACCUUAUUCAACGAUCGUCAAGUUCACCGGUGCAGACGGAAUACUUGGGACCGUAACUCGGGUGGACGCACUUCCCUCAACGGUCCAACUUAUCCUUCGUCUUCUUCUUCUUUUUCGAUAUCGUUCUCUUCCUCUUCUUCUUCUUCUUCGGAGUUUGCGGAACAAGUGGGCCGAACGAUGGUGAAGAAAUUUCGUUGGCAGGCGUUGAGACGUAAGAUUUGGAGCCCAUCCCUGCCUCCGUCAACGAGAUUAUUUUCGGAAUCACAGUGGCAAGAGAACGUGAAUGUUUGGUACUUCCUGUAUCGUUGGUUGAACUUCGGAUGCUGGAGUGCGAUCAUAGUUUGUUCCAUUUUCGACCUUGGGAGUCGCUAUCCUGGAGAAGAAAAGCGCACGUGGUUGAUUUACCUCACCCAUUGGGACCUGGUUUUAGGAGCGGCACAGGCCUUUUUGGGUGCAGUUUUGGUAACAAGAAGACGGAACCUUGAACGUCGGCUGAAUUUCGAUCCCGAUUACCUCGUUUUUGGAAGAGUCGAACGCGCUUAUUGGAUCCUCUACACGAUCACAUCUUCUCUCGCGAUCUGCGUUACAGUCGGCUACUGGGGGGCGGUAUACGAUCCUAAAGUCCACAACAAGGAUCCGCUCAAUUUUAUGCUUCAUCUUUUAAAUUCGAUUCUGAUUCUCUUUGAUCUUCUGAUCGUUGCGUUUCCUCUCAGAAUCGAGCAUUUCUGGUGGCCCGUCAGCUGCGUUACUAUUUAUCUCCUAUUCACCGUGUUCUACUAUCUAGCUGGUGGUCUAGAUAAAAAUGGGCUACAUUAUAUCUACAAAGUCCUGGAUUGGGAGAAACCUGGUCGGUCGACUUUGAUAUCCUUCGGAGGAUUGCUUUUCCUUACCAUCGUUCAUUGCGUUCUUUGCUCCAUCGCUAAGCUCAGGAUUUACGUACGAGCUAAGGCUGCCGGUGCGAUUAAAACGACAACGAUCGCUGACCCUCAGGGGUCGAAGAUGAGUCCACGAAUUUCAACAGGAUUUGAAUUGUCACUACCAACGAUCAAAAAGUCCGACGAACUGAUCGAUGUGUGAUCGUGUGUGCUGCAACGCUUCGCGUGAUAAAUUACAUAGCUCAAAUUUUUCAGUAUUAAAUAUUAGCUCAUGUGUGUAUGUAUUAUACGGAUGCGUAAAUAUGCAUAUAUUUGUAAAUGUGAUUGUGUCAGCGGAGACAAGUGUAGUGAUGGAGUAAUUCUCUUAAAUUCGCAACGCGUUAUGUCUUAUGUAUAUAUAACAUACACAUGCUCGUUAUCAUCAUAACGUAUAUCCCUAUGCCGCGGUUGGAAUCUCGGCAAUUCGAGAUCGCCAACGCUCAAUUUACGGUGUUAACUUAUUAUCACGUGGUACGAUACGGAGAAAAUUUCAAAUCCUACGUUCUUUACAUUACUAUAAAUAUCUAUACAUAAUAUGCCUAAUACGAAUAUCAAAUUUAUAUCUUGUAUGUAAAGUUAUACAUACAUAUAGUAUAGUAUAGAUCCGAUUGAAUUCUCUAUACGAAAUUUAAUUAUGUAAAACAAAAUGCUAUUCGCGGUAUUCCCCAAUAUAUUGCUGCUUCAAGAGAUUUUAGAAUCGUUAUUAUAAGUUGGAAUUAAUUUCAUUGCCAUGAUAACUUUACGGGGAAAUUGUUCAUAGCUGAAUUUUGUUUGACACUAAGUAAUAAUUACUUUGGUUCGAAUUCAACAGUCUCAAAAAUUUCAUGUCUAGUGAGACGUAUUUUCUGCCAAAGGAAAAAUAACAGCAGAUCUGCAAGGUUCAAAUUUUCUCUUCCAUCAGAUUUUGCAUAUAAAUAUUUUUCCAUAAUUACAUUAUUAUUAUUGGCAUUACUAGUUAGGUAUUAUAGUAGGUAAAUUAACAUUCCUCACCAGUAUGAUCUAUAUUAUUACUAACAUAUAUACUGGAGACUGAACGAUGUAAUGACAGGGUUGAAGCCAUGCAAAUGGGCAUUACACUUGCACUUAUAAGAUAGCGUGUUUCUGAAAAACAUUAGGAAAAAUAAUAAACAUACAUAUAAGAAUGUGAAACAAAGAUAUUUUGUCGGUGCAAAGUUACCCUAUUAGAAAUAAAUAUAGCUUGUGAUGAAAAAGGAAGUUUGCAUUACUUAUAGAUGCUGUGUAAUGGUAAUUGGAAUAAGAUUUUUCUUACUUUGUGGAAAAAUAUCAACGUUUUAUUAAUAAAAUAAUGAGUCCUUGUUGCGCUCUAUUUUA